GUAUCCCACAGUGCAUCGCGCACAUAUUUUGACGAGGGACACUUUCAUCAAUUUGCACAAAAGUUGUGUGUAAUAGAAGGAAAAUGAACAGAGUACCAACUGCAAGUGGGGGCCGCCCCAAAACAGGGGCCAGGGGAGCAAUGGGAACAGCUGCUGGGAUACAACCUGGAACUGCUUCAAGACUGACCACAGCAAUGAAUCCUGGCACUGCACGUCCAGGUACCCGAGGGGGUUCUUUGGGAGGUGGAGUAGCUUUGAAUGCCCAGGUAAAGGUUGUGGACAGACCUAUGACACAACAAGGUCUUGGAGGCAUGAAGACUGGCGUAAAAGGUUCAGGGCCACAGAGACAAGUACAAGAUAGAACCUACUUCUUAGGACUUAUCAGGAGUAAGAUCAAUGAACUAAAUGCAGAGAAUGCCAGAUUGAACAAGGAGAUUGAUAGUACGCAGGAUGAAAAUUCUACAUAUCUCACAUAUGAAAAAAGAGCUGAGCAGCUUGCCAUUGAGAUCAGAGAUCUACAAGGAGAAUUGGGUGAUUACAAUACAUUGGUUGACAAGUUAACAACAGAUGAAGAUAUACAGGAUGUGGAAUUUGACCUUAAUGAUCUGAAGAAUGGUAAUGAGAGGGAAACAAAAAAGAUAGAGGAAUUAUUUGAAGUGAAGAAGGCUAAGGAGGAGGCUAUUCAGCAGCUUGAGCAGGAAUUGGACCAGGAAAAGAGGAUGGCAGACAAUCUUGUUAAUGAUAUGAACCCCGAGAUGAGGGAGAAGUAUGUGAAGCUGAAGGACAUGAAUGAACAUAUGUUACGACAACUGGAGAAAGGGCAACAGGAACUGGACGUUCUCAACUCCAAAAUCGACACACAACAAGAGGAAUUGUCUUUAUCACAAGUCAAACAGGAAGCUGUGAGACUUUAUGAGCAGCUGAAUGAGUUGGAGUCUAAGAGAGACAGCCUUAUAGAGGAGACAAAGACAACAAUGUCACCAGCUGAGGAACGAGAGCGCCUACUGAAACAGGUGAAGGAGGACAACCAGGAGAUAGCCAGUGUAGAGAGACAAACAAAGGAGAUCAGAGAGAAGAUUGAACAGAUGCAAGAAGAAAGUAGACAGCUUGAUAUUGAUAUAGAGGAAAACCAGGGUGAAAGAAAUCAGAAAUACAAAGAACUGAAGAAGCGAGAGGAAACAAUGGAUGAUUUCCUCAAUACUUUUGAAGAAUCUAAAACACAAGAAGCGCAAAGAAUUACUCAGCUGGAACAGAAUGUCGUCAGUAUCUUGGAACAUAUUAGCCGAAACAUGAGUCGAUUUUCACAUUUACCAAGUCAACAAGAACUUACUUCAAUGAAACAAGACUUGGACUUUAAGACAGGAGAAAUGAAGAAGUCAGAAACUACAACUCUAGGUCUAGCAGCAGAGAGUGACAAGCUACAGCAGGACCUACAAAAAGUGGAGCAGCUUGAGGACAAGAUCAACUCAGAGUUGGUUGUAUUGGCAGAAAAGAUUGCCACCAUGGACAAAGAAUUAGAAGUUUAUUCUGACCUUGACACACUCCGAAGAAAUUCUGAAGAAAAAAAGAAGAAACUGAUGGAGGACAGGAUAGUUUUACAAAAACGCAGAGACACCUUCAAGAAAACAAUGCAGCAUCUAACAGCAAAGUAUGAAGGACUGAAAUCUCACCUGAAGGACAAUGAGACCUUCAACCAGCUGGAAAACCUGGAGCGAAAGUGGCAACAUCACGAACAGAAUAACUUUGUCAUGAAAGACUUCAUUGCAGCUAAAACCAUGGAGUGUGACUUCCGUCCGGUCAGUCGGAAAGUGUCCACAUCUAUUGAGGACUACAACACUUUACUUCAAAAUCAAAUGGCUGGCAAACCAACCAUGUGAUAGUUCAGAAUUGGAAGCUCUGGAGGAGACAGCCACCUGAUAGGAAAUAGAACCCCGAAAUGUAACUGCCACUUGGUGUACAUGUAUACAAAUAUGUUAAAGACUGGAGAGCUUUUAUGAGUUUCUUGUCAGUAAUCAUCAGGACUCUGAUAUCAACAAACGAGAGUGCUAAUUAGAUGAUUAUGUCAGACAUAAAAUGAUCAAAUGUGGUACAAAGCUACAGGCAUUAGUGAUCAGAGAAUGGCUCAGGAUAAACAUUGGCUUUGAAAGGUGGUUGGCAGAUAAGUUAGAGCUCAUUGUUAUUGUGAAAGGAUUAAUGACCAAAAUAAGAUACUAUAUCAAUAGUAAAUUGAUAUUGAACUGUUAAAUAUUCAUGAUUAUCAAUGGAUACAUUCAUUUAUUUAUAUUUGUAGAAUAUGCAUUCCGUCCUUUUCCCUGUGAUAAUAAAACUUUCAAGAUGAAAUUGUCA